CUCCCGGCUCGCGCGCGACCGCCAACCGGGCGCCUGCCUGCCGGUCUUCGCGCAGUGCGGCCCGGACGGAGAUCGCGCGAUACCUGCUGCACACACACUGCUCGGCCCCGCCGCCCGUCGCUUUUGCGGGCGAAACCGACACUCCGGUCUCACAUUUUCCGCGCCGCACAACUCCGUAGCUAUGGUCGUGCGCUAGACAGCUCGCCCGAGCGCCGACCGCGGCGCCGCCAUGGUCUAGGCUAGGAGACCCAGCGAUGACAUCUCGAGAGGCUGUGGCGCCAAUCGUUUCUUCAACUUCUCGCACCGACCACGAGGUAGAAAGCCUGGAAGAGCCUGCUGUCGCUCCGAGCACCACUCAGAAUCGCCACAAACACAAGCAGAAGGACAAGAACCAGUACAACCGUUCAGAGGGCGGCAGCUUAAGCGACAGUUCCGGAAGCCUCGCUAACCAGACCACCGGAACCAAGAGGCGCUACAACCGCUCCGAGGGGGAGAGCCUCAGCGACAGCUCGGGCAGCGCCGUCCGACAGGAGUCUUCGCCUACUUUGACGCUCAUCUCGUCAAAGACGGGGAUGUCAAAACGCAGGCAUUAG